UGGUGUUCCAGGUAACGGACUAUACCGCGACUAGUUUGCUGCAGUCGCUCACAGGGAGAAGGUGCUUUUUCAUGACAGUAUUUUGAACAUUAAGGCAAACGCAAGUGAAAAGUAACGUCAAAACCAAUUGAGUUAAUAGAAACUACAUCAAUUGUACAGCUUUAACCUUCUCAGUCCGCACACAAGUACAUCAAUGGUUUUACAUCUCAACUGUACACUCCCGGCGUAAAUACCUAACACAUGUAAUAUAUUGUGUUCUAUCCAGAAACUGUGUUGCUUGGAGGCAUUUACCUAAGGAUUCGCAUCCAGCUAAUAUUCAAACGAAAAUUUAUACUUAAGAAUUGUAUUCAGUGAUCAGCGUUCUUCAAGAAGUUUGUGAUCCUAAGAAGGACCUACAUAUGCGCCUAGUGAAUUUAUAUCAUUUGACGGCAAAUGUGUAACAGAGACGGCAAAAGACGGCUACAUGCAUGUUAUUCAGUAGCCACAUGGUCUGGUCAAUAAUAGAUGGUUUGCUCUUCGUGAUGAUAAUAUGCGGGAACGUCCUAACGAUACUAGCGAUCAGGCUGAGCCGACGUCUAAGGAACAUUACAUCGAAUUAUUUUGUUCUGAGCUUGGCAAUUUCUGAUUUUCUGGUAGGUCUGUCGCUGCCUUACCACCUCGCAUUUUACGUUCUAGACCAUUUAAGCCAUGUGAAAGUCGCCUGCAUCGCAAGAUUUGUUUUCAUAACCCUCGCAUGUUCCGCGAGCAUAUACAACCUGAUCGCUAUUGCGGUAGACAGAUACAUAUCAAUCGUCCACCCCAUGAAGUACACAAGAUACAUGACGUGGAGGGUGGUUUACACAAUCAUAACUAUAGGUUGGAUAACAGCGAUUGGUAUUUCAACCAUACCAACGUACUGGAAUUGCUUUGACAACGCCGGUGCUAUUUGCGAAAUGGACACCAUUCUACCCAGAUAUUACACGGUUGCUGUGCUGACACCAAUGCUCUUCCUUACGUGGAUUACUAUGUUCGUAAUAUACUGGCGGAUUUGGAGGGAGGCUAGCACUCAUGCUCGAAGAUUAAGAGGCAACACUUUGUACAAUGACUCAGCAAGCGAUUGGAAGAGCGUCCAGGUAGUUUUGCUCGUCCUGGGAUGUUUUUCAGUAUGUUGGCUACCAUACCUGAUAGUGGCGUGUACACGGGCUUAUGAGUGGCAGAACAAAGCAUCGCCAACAUUGUACAAGGCAACAUUUUCUCUAGCAAUGGCAAACAGUGGGAUGAAUCCGAUUAUUUACGCAUGGAAAAAUGCGAAUUUUCGGAAGGCAUUCAACAGGUUGUUACAUUUUGAAUCGCCAAACUGCAACGAGUUUAAUUCAAGCUUGAAGAACUACUUGAGUAAACAGAAGGAACUUAGGAAGAAGGAAUUAGGCAGCAUAGAUCCUACGAUUCAGACCGUGGAAAACCAAGGAAUUAAAACAAUAUGUGACAAUUAUUCUUUCGAAAUCGAAGAAACUGCGACAAUGACAACUGUAUAAUUCCCUGUUACCGAACAACUUUUUCAGGGAGAACUAUUUCGCUAGAUAUUUACCGAAAUUUAUCACCAAUCACCAUAAUUAAACACAGAGUUUGGUAGCUCAGGGUAAUCCUAUCUACGCCCUGAAGUGGGACAUGAA